CAUUUCCUCUACCACAAUUUUCAACGAACCUACUAGAAAUUUAUGAGCAUUAUAGUCUUCUCAAGAGCUUCUUUUCUCCCUAAACGCGGAAUAAUCAUAUCUUUAUAUCCUGUUGAAAGGAUUGAAAGAUGGCGACACAGACACAAACAGCGACUGAGGUCUUUGAGCUCCCGCCAAUAUCUAAGGCCGCCAUCCUGAAACCUAUCUCUCAUCCACCACGACCAUCGCAAGAAACAUCGAGCUACAGCAACCACACAUCCGACACCGAAUCCUCGACAUCACCAUCCCUAACAAAACCAUCCACCCUCCGCACCUUCCUCACAAUCUUCACCCCCUCCUUCGUAGGCUUCAUAGCCAGCUUCACCAACGGUAUCAUCACAGUCGGCCUCCCCUCAAUUGCGCGUUCCAUCGCGCUAGAACGCUCUCUCUACCUAUGGCCAUCCUCUGUCUACGGUCUGACAUCUGGUGCUGCACUUCUUAUUGCGGGUUCUGUAGCAGAUAUCGUGGGUGCUAGACCCGUUGAGCUGGUCGGGAUCCUGCUCCUUGGGGUGUUCACGCUAGCAUGCGGGUUUGCGCAGACUGGCGGGCAGCUUGUUGCUUUCCGGGCUCUUCAAGGUGUGGCGCUCGCGUUGCAUUUACCGGCCUCUGUCGCCAUCAUUACUGGUGCUGUGCCGUCUGGAAGAGCGAGGAAUCUUGGGUUUGCGUGCUUGGGGUUUAGUCAGCCGCUUGGAUUUGCUGUGGGACUAGUGCUAAGUGGUGUCAUGAUUGAACGAGCGGGAUGGCGGUCAGGAUUUUACUUGACUGGAGGGUGUACAUUGGCGGUUGCUGUGGCUGCGCUCUGGACGCUUCCUAAACUUCCGUCUCAGAAUCAGGAUGGCAUGGUCGUGCUUUGGAAGAAGGUUGGUAGGGAGAUUGAUUGGGUUGGUGGCAUGAUAUCUAGUGGUGGACUGGCUAUCCUGGCAUAUGUCCUUGCUAUCAUCAGCGCCGACUUGGCAAGCAUUCGAUCAGCUGAGGCGGCCUCGCUCCUCGCUAUCAGCGUCCUUCUUCUCUGUGCCUUUCCAGCCUGGAUGCACUACCGUGAGCGAAGUGGAAAAACAGCCCUCGUGCCAAAUAAAAUAUGGAACAGUCUUCCCUUUACCAGCACGUGCAUCAUGGUCGCGCUGUCUUACGGCGUCAUGAACUCCAUCGAGCUCUUUUCCAGCCUGUAUUUUCAAGAAGUUCAGCACGCCUCCAUACUAGCAACAUCCCUCUACCUCCUCCCCAACCUCCUAGCCGGCGUCCUAAUCCAAAUAUCUGUCGGACUUUUCGUCCACCGCGUCCCUGCCCGCUGGCUCGUCGCCGGCUCCGCCUUCAUCUGUGCCAUCUCGCCUCUAUUAAUGGCCGUUGUGCCACCAACGUGGAGCUACUGGAAACUCGCUUUCUGGGCCCAAAUGUUCGCCCCGUUUAGCGCCGAUGUCUUGUUCACUGUUGGCCUCAUCAUCGUGAGUGACAAUUUUCCGGAGAAGACGCAGGCGCUCGCUGGUGCUGUGUUCAAUACCGUUGCGCAGUUUGGUAUGAGUUUGGGUAUGGGUAGUUGCCAGGUUGUUGCGCUGGGGGUCCAGGUUAGGAGCGGAAGUACGGGUAGUGGUGGGCAUGAGAAUGGGGAUGGUGGAGGCGCGUUUGAGGGCCAGGAUGAUGCAGCUGUGUUGAAGGGAUACAGGGCGAGCUAUUGGCUUAUGUUCGGUUAUAUGGUCGUUUGUAUAUUCAUCGCUGUCGUGGGGUUAAGGAAGGCGGGCAAGGUCGGACUGAAGAGAGAGUAACAGUUUGACUAUACCGUAAUACUGUUGGAAAGCACUAAUGCGGUUCUGCAGCCGCUUGAGGUCAAGAAAAAGAUCGAAUAGUCCAUUCGAGACCUGAGUUAGACCCCGUGUCUGUAUAGUAUGUACAGUAGCGUUGGACUGCAGUCAAUACAACAUAAAAUGCUGUGUAUCAACCAC